AUGGGCUGUGUUUGCAAAGCAAACAAAAGUAAAGAGAACGAGAAAACAGCAGACAUAGAAGUUUUAAACAGAAUUUCUCAAAUCCCAAAACUCUCAAAAUCCACAAGCACAUUCGAUUUGGCUGUAAAACCACAAAUAACUCGCUCUGGAAAGUUCUUGUUUAUUAUUGUAGAAGAAAGCUCAAUGCUAGAAGAAGCUUCUUUAGCAACUGGCAAAUCUUUUGCGCUACAAACAAAUUCUGACCUCAAAAGUUAA